AUGGUCGCUUGGAAGGCUGCUUCGUCUGUCAUUGUUGUGAGCCGUACCACUGGUCGUGUGUUGGUGAUGCAACGUGGGGCCACUGCUAAGUUCAUGCCAAAUGCGUUGGUUUUUCCUGGUGGCGUAGUGACCCCUUCCGAUGAGAAACUUGGUCAUCCGACCAAAAUUGCCGCUUUGAGGGAACUUUUCGAAGAGACUGGUCUUCUUCUUGGUCAAAAGGAGUCCGCAGCGAACUCUCGAGAACUGGAAAUCAUACAAGAAAAUACGAGAAAGGAUCCGGACCAAUUCAAGUUGGCUUGCUCAACUCCCCCAGUCGAUGAUUUGAUCGAAUGGAACACAUGGUUGACGCCUUCAUCAUAUAAGCGACGAUAUAUGACAUCUUUCUUCAUAGUACGGCUAGAUGGUGAACCACAAAUACGUAUGUGCCAACGGGAAAUGUCUCAUCAUUUCUGGAUGGCGCCAAAAGACUGUUUAGAGAAGGCCUCUAAUGGGGAAGUCAUUCUACCGCCUCCACAAGUAUACGAAUUGACGCGGCUCUCUCAGACUCCCUGCGAACACCUCGCCAAGUACAGCAACAAAACGCAUGUGAUGUGUCCUCAGAAUGUUAAUACUCAAAAUUCUUCACUCAUUGCUAGUGUGCUACCCGGGGAUCACCUCUACAUUGAUGAGGACAGCUUCAACCAGCCUUCCCGCACUUUGUCACCAGAUGCUGUUCGUGUCGACCCACAUAAGCCAACACAUCGAGCGGAGUACUUUGCAGAACCUUUGUACGCAAGAUGUAGAAUAUAUAUGCAUAAUUUGCCGCCCAAAUAUUGUGAAGAAUUCCACCAAUUCAUUACGGAAUCAAAGAAUCUACUGCACUAG